CCAAAAAAAUAAUCCAUCUAUCGAUCUGUCUAUCUAUCUAUCUGUCUAUUUAUCUAAUCGUCGGAAAUUGAGGAUGGGGCAUAGCCAUGGGCAUGAUUGGGGUCCAGUUUUCAUUGCAACAAUCUUGUUUGUGUUACUUUCUCCUGGAUUGUUGUUUCAAGUGCCUGGUGGGCAAAGGUGUAUUGAGUUUGGAAGCUUUCGUACUGGUGGGGCUGCUAUUUUGUUCCAUGCCCUUCUCUAUUUUGGUCUCAUUUGUAUUUUCUUGAUUGCACUUGGUAUUCAUAUGUAUUGGGGUUAGAACAUUUUCUUGUAUUUUAAGUCCUUUUUGUAAACCACUCAAAUUUAAUUUGAUUGAAUCAAAGUUAUCAUCAUUUCCGAGUAAUUUUUAUGUUAAUGAAAUUAAUAUUUCUAAAUGAUGGUUUAUGAUCACAUGUAUUGUCUUGAUAAAAUUUUUGAAUUGGAGGAGUAAAAUCAAAAUAUGUAUU